CCCGCAGCUUCUAAACAACCUCCUUUCCUCAGGCCCCAGGUGCCGGCCUCCCUGUUUCCUGUCUGAUCCCGCCGCCACCAUGGCAGAGUUGGGCCUAAAUGAGCACCAUCAAAAUGAGGUCAUUAAUUACAUGCGUUUUGCUCGUUCAAAAAGAGGCUUGAGACUUAAAACGGUAGAUUCCUGCUUUCAGGACCUCAAGGACAGCAGGCUGGUGGAGGAGACUUUCACCAUUGAUGAGGUUUCAGAAGUCUUAAAUGGGCUGCAGGCUGUGGUACACAGUGAGGUGGAGUCUGAGCUCAUCAAUACAGCUUACACCAAUGUCCUGCUCCUACGGCAGCUGUUCUCCCAAGCUGAGAAGUGGUAUCUAAAGCUACAGACAGACAUCUCUGAACUUGAAAACAGAGAAUUAUUAGAACAAGUUGCUGAAUUUGAAAAGGCAGAAUUUGUAUCUUCAAGUAAAAAGCCCAUCAUAGAUAUCACAAAGCCUAAACUUGUUCCAAUUAAUGAAGGUGGAACUACAGAGCUCCUAAAUAAGGAAAUUUUAAGACUUCAACAAGAGAAUGAAAAACUAAAGUCAAGGCUGAAGACCAUUGAAAUACAGGCUGUAAAUGCUCUGGAUGAGAAGUCAAAAUUGGAAAGAGUACUUCAAGAUUUACAGCUCGAUCAAGAAAACCAACAGGAUUUGCUAAAGGCCCAAGACUUGGAUGACUUGGAAAAUACAGUUGCAACUCUUAGGAGUGAAUUUCAGAAGACACUUAAUGACAAGACAGAAAACCAAAAAUCUUUGGAGGAGAACCUAGCAGCAGCCAAACAUGACCUCCUCAGAGUACAGGAGCAGCUGAGCAUGGCUGAAAAGGAGUUAGAGAAGAAAUUUCAACAAACAGCAGCUUAUCGAAACAUGAAAGAGAUUCUCACCAAAAAGAAUGAUCAAAUCAAAGACCUACGGAAAAGACUGGCAAAAUAUGAAUCUGAAGAUUAAAGACUGGAGGUUUUGCCUAGAACCUGCCACACAUGAACAUACAAGCUAUCUCCAUUCGCCUCAGGCAUGUAUUUAGAAGCAUUUUGUCAUAUUCUGUUCUUUUUCCAAUGUUUAGGCUUUCCUUGUAAUAUUAGAACUAUCAUUCUUAUCUUCAGUUCUGUAAUUGCGAAGAGAAAAAAUGAUUCUUUUCUAUUGUCCCAAAUACGCCUUUGUCAUAUGCUCCAGAGCCUCCAUGCAAGUACAGUGAGAUUUCUUCAUGGUAGACAGCAGUUUAGAGUGGGAAGAAGAGNCAUCCUUUUGCNUUAGUGAGUGAANUUUUUAAUGUUAGAGAAGCUGGUAACAUCUAUACUUGUACAGUCCCUAAGUAUAAAGAUAAAUAGUAAAGUUAUUAAUAUUUUCAAAUAAACCUUUUAUUUUAAUAA